CCCCAGUCGCGCAUCCCGCAGCCGCGCCGCAACCCUCAGCCUCCCCACAUACGCCCACAGCCGCCCCACGCGCGCAUCCCGCAGCCGCGCGAUCCGUCCGCUUCCUCCUCCCCGCGCCCGCAGCCCCCGCCGCCGAUGGCAGCCGCCGCGCCCGCGCAAGGGAAGUUGCUUCCCAAAUCCCGCAGACAAGAUUUAAUCCCGUGAUUCUUCCCAUCCAUGGCAGCCGCAUCCAUGGCAGCCGUGCCCGCAAACCGCGCCUCCCCACGACUCCCCCUUCCAUGGCGUCGCCCCCUUCCAUCCAUGGCAGUCACGCUCCCUCUGCGCCCUUCCAUCCAUGGCCGCGGCUCCCUCCGCGCCGCGAUUCUUCCCAUCCUCUCCUUCCGCGCGGUUUGCGGCUGCCAAUCCUCUCCCUCUGCGUCGUGUUCUUCCCAUCCUUUCCCUCCGCGCUGGAUCUCGCCCCAUGUCCACCAACGCCGGCGUCCGUGACGGCGCACCCGGGGCAGCGGUGGACGCAGCCUUUGCCACGCGUGUGCUCCAGGCCGAGGCCCUCCUCGGGUACCUCGCCACCAGCCCGUGUGCCGGGGGCGACAGGGUGGACCCCGCCGUCGCCGCGGCGCAGCUCGGGGCGCUCGGCCGGUGGAAGGGCUCGGCGAGGGGCCUUCCCGAGUACACGGUCGUCCACAACAUCGAUGGUGCCGUCGUCGCCGCCCCUGGGAGAGCCAAAGCCAAGCAGAGGAGGUCGCGGUCGACCGGAUUUGGGAAUCCUGCUCCUGCCAAACGGGAUGAACGGAAGGAAGCAGAAUCUUUCUGGGGUUGAUUUGGCUUGAAGGAAGCGGGAUCUUUCUGGACAAUGGCUGUCUAGCUUCAUCCAUUCUGGUAACAAAGAAAAAAACAAGAAACAUCUGGUAUCUGAGUCCAGUAGAAAGUUGUGCAAAGAGAAGAGCAAAAUAUCUACACCAGACGUCUCUUUUAGGUACAGAGGGAUGGAGUCUUGUAAGAAGGUAGCUGCAAGCUUGAAGUCGUGUGAGCCAUGGGGGAACAUGGCAUUCUGGACAAACGCCGCUGGGCCAGGUUGGAAGUUGAGCUUUGUUGUUGAGCCAUGGACUAAGGGCUUUAGCGCGUCGUGUGCGGCGCCAUAUUCUGCUGGAGCCACAGAGCAUCAAUUAUCGCUCGAUGAGAAGGUGGAUAACUCCACCGUUGCAUCUGGUUUUGAUGGGUAUGUACCAUAUUAUUAAUGCCUCUAUUUUCUGUUUAUAUAAACAGACCAUUAAUAAUUUUCAGGUAAAGUUAUCUAUCAGCUAGAUUCAUGGCAGGAAAGGUUUUUUCUAUUGUCGGUAUCCAGCACCUAAGUAGGCCUAGGAUUUUUUCUUCUAUCUUUAAUUAGCAAUUGCCUUUUUCAGCAACCGUUCUUAUGAAUUUCUUUUAUUGACAACAUGAAUUAGUCUAUUUUAGUUCAUCUCUUUCUUGUCACAAAUUUAAAUGAAUAUAAUUGUUUCUGUGAAGCCCAAAGGUUCCAAGUCACCAUGAAAAAAUUGAAAUGACGAGAUCUAUUAAUCUAAUUGUUGCACCUUGGAAAGUCUGAACCAUCAGAGUUUAAUUGUAUCACCCAUUUACACAAGUUCCUACCAUCAGAGUUCAACUGUAUCACCCAUCCAUAAGCAAUUCCUUUUGUUGAAAUUUAUGAGAAGACAUAUGCCUCUGUUAAGUCUCAGGAACUUUUUUGCUGGGAAGCCAAUUCCUUACUGAUCUAAGGGACAACAUUUUUGUUUGCCUGAUAUAAGGCAAAGUGUGAAAGGGAAACGCGAAAAGAAACGUGUCCUGGUCCCAAGUCACCUGCCAUACUGAACACGAUUGAUCGCAGAAAGAAACACGUUCUGGUCUAGACUGACAGUUUUGGAGCUGGAGCCGGCCAUGCGCUCGAUCAGAGUUCCGCUGCAGCCACGACCUCUCUCCCGAACGCGCACGAGAAGACCAGGUGGAACAUAUGCAAGCAGGUUCUAGAGCAAUAACCCCAUGAAUCCACAUCGGGGGUCUGCAUCUACACGGGCGUGUACUCCGCACCGCUCCCCUCCGGCCCCGACCGCCGUGUGCUCGUUGUAGCCGGGGUCGACCUCAACCACGACGACGAUGCGGUCUCCUUGCCCUAGGCUCGACCUCCUCGCUGACCUCGCCCUGCUCCACCUCAACUCGCGAUGAGGAUUGUCGGCACGUUCACACCGCGCCGUUGCAGAACGUUGGAGCCUCUCAGAACUCUAGAAGCUGCCUACCACCACGCACCCUAAGAUAGGGGCAUAUCUGUGUUAGUCGCCUGCACACAUACUGAAAUAUGGGCAUAUCCACCAUGUAUUCUACUCUUAGUUAUGUUAGAUAAGGCUUUUACUCUAUCAUUUACUGAUCUGGUCUGUUUUUAGCUCCAUUAGCUUGUUCACAAGCUUAUGUUAGAGAAGGCGUUAUGGCUUUUCUCAAGAUUAUAACAUUUCUGAAUAACUGUUCUGCAUAGGCAUGGUACCAUCUUCAUCAUGUAGCUGGGAUGAGCUGGCACCAUGAAAGAAUUCAAGUGGUUAAAUCAUGCAUCUGCAGAAAUAUUGUACUCUCAAAUGGUGGGUUGCUGCGUCACGGGAGUUUGGGUGAAGGCCUGAAGGAUGUGAUGCAAAACGUCGAUGCAGGUCUGGGAUGUCCGCCUCAUUAUGGAUCAAAAUUCAUGACGUUCUAAAGGUGUCGGAUGAGUACCUAUAUACUCCCUCCCAGAAACAAGGCGCCUCAUUACACUAUUGGAAGCUGGACGACAUGGAUGACUCUGGCAAGAUGCGGUGGGAGCACGACGACAUGGAUGACUCCGACCAUGAGUUCGACAGGAAGCCUAGCAACAGUACGCAGUAGCAAGGUUGACCCAGAGGGGCAGUGGAGAGUAACCCAACACCCCCUCCUCCGACCGUCAUAGCGCUUCUUUCCUCUGGCUUCAUUUCUUACCUAUGUAUGGAUGGUCUUCACCGCUGGUUACAUCUAGCAAGUCCUCCCAGGGGUGAUCUCAAUUUUCUCCUGAUUUGCUCUCUCCUUUGUUUUUUUAUUGAUUCAUCUAUGCACAUUUAAUGAUCUAUGGCGUGCCUUCAAUGCAAUUGGUGGAGGCAGUGACAUGAAGGAGAUUGUCAUGCUGCCAAAGCACAUCAAGGACAAUGCAAACAAGGACAGAGGAAGACCGGACAUGCCAUUUCCAGGUGGUGACAUUUCUAUUCUCACGCGCCCACCCAACAUUUUUGCUUUUACUAAAUGACUAUGUGCACGAAUGCUUUGUGGAUGUUGAGAGGGAUUAUCUGUGCUUGACAAAACAGUAUCCCAGACUUGCAAUUACUCCAGAAUUUUCUAAGGUUGGGCAUUUUGUACAUUGAACUUUUGUUGCUGAUCGAUAUUCAAUGUGGCUUUUGGCAUUCUCUGUCACUCUAGCUAGGUCCUUGGAUGAGCCACACUAUUGACAUGGGUUUAGGUGAGUGACUCAUCACGGUGCCUUUAUAUGGCUCGAUCAAUUCCUAAUUUGCUAUAGUCUGGUUGUCACUAGAAUUUCCUCAUUUGGCAUGCAAUAAUUACAAUUGAUUUGCCUGGUACUCUGAUUGAAAUGGGAAAGUUGAGUGCUUACAUAUGUCGAUCCACAAUAUUUCUUUAUUGUCAAGGGCAGAGAUAAAGUGAAUUGUGUGGAUUCACACCAACUGCACCUUCAGAUCUCUUCUGGGUCGUUUCAUUUCAAAAAAUACUGGCCAUAUCCCCCUAUAUAUCUGGUAAACAUAGAUUGAGGACUAGAUAGACCAGGAUAAACAAGGCGUGUUAAUUGUUGACAAAUAUAAUAUAAGUAAAAUCACAGUAAUGACGAGUGAACAAACAUGCCUUUGUUGCUUCAUCUGUUUGAAACUAGAGAUAUCAACCUUUAAGUGCAGCUUAAGGUUUUUUGGGAUGAUUCUUUGUUUAUCAUCGCAGGAUAUAAUGCACAUGGGUUAGUUCAUCUCUUUUUCUUUUGCACCCAAGUAUGCCAUUUUGGGGAUUUCUCCACUAUGUAUGUUUAAAUGAGCACAUUAUUUAGAAGCCUUUUAUUAUCAUGUUGUUAUGUUCUAUGUUGUUUACUGCUUGCUUGGUGUAAUCUCUAGACCCGUGGAUCCAAUUGCUUUUGCAAGGGAAAGAGAUAUGCCUUCUGAUUCAGAUAGGACCUUAAAUGAAGACAAGCGUUUCAUAUCUUGUAGUAUGCCACGGGAGCAUCAAAAGAUCUUUGAAUUGGGAUGAAGAAAACGUAGAAUAUAGUGUAAUUUUAUAGUAUAAAAUUUAGAGUCUAUUGUCACCCAUACAUAUAAGUGUCUUGUGAACGUUUAUGGAACCAGGGAAGAAGACAUUGUUCUGUAUGGCCAGUCUGUUGGUAGCAGACCAACCCUUGAUCUAGCUAUUCGUUUCAAUCGUGAAGAGAUGUGGUAUUAAUCAUAGAUAAGGGAUGUUUAGUUCCAGAGACUAAAGUUUAGUACGUGUCACAUAGAAUAUUUGAAUCUCAUUGUACUAUGGAUUUAUAUAUCAUUGUGACAUUUGUCGUUA